AUGGGGCCCCCCGUGGUGACGUCUGUGCUGAUGGCAUCCCUGAUCUGCUGCAUCUGCCUGGCCAACGCCCGCAGCCUACUGAAGAAGAAUGCUGAGUGUGUGCAGGCCAGCAUCAGUGAUGUCAAGGAGUGUUUCCACACUGCUGAGGAGGUCGAGCUCCUGUGCACAAAGGCCGUUGCCAUACAGGUGGAUCAGUGCCUGGAUGGGUGCCUGGAAACUGGGGACUGCUCUGGCUCGAAAUGCGCACAUGAUUUCCUUGCGGAAUAUGAGACAUGUCAAGACCAGGGCAGGUUUACGAGGGCCAAAUGUGCACAGGCCCUGAGGGUGGAGAGGCACCGCUGCCCAAACGCCUGA